GGGGCGGGGGAAUGGGAGAUGCACGGAGGUUUGUUGUGUGGCCCUUGGUCGGUCUGGAGGGGAGGGAGUUAAUUGGAGUCUUGCUUUGUUGUUUAUAUCGCAGCAGGAUACAGCGAUUGGCUUUUUUUAGUUUUUCUUUCUGCGGUUCCUGGCUCAGCUGACCUGCAGAUGGUGGUUUGUUUGCAUCGCUGCUCCUGCAAAGGCUCCUUUCCCACCGCAGCCGUUCGGUCCAGUAGCUGCCAAAGGCAGAGGAUCUGGCGCUGGGAUCUCUGAAGUUGAUUGCUGGCUCCAAAUUGGACCCAAUUGCAGCUAGAGAGGAACUGGUCAGAGCCCAGGGCCUGUACCCCAGCGUUCAUCUGUCUUGGUGAGAGAAGAGAGGUGACAAAAGGUGUGGGUCCCAUGGAUUCGGAGCUGUCACCCAAUGGAAGACAAGGUGAUCUGCCUAACAGCAAACUCCAGAGAGCUGUCGGGUGGAAAGCGCCGCUGACCGUCAGCGUGGUAGUCCUAGUCGUGAUUGUUGCUGUUGCUCUGAUACUUUUGCACGUGAAAUCUCCACCCGAAUCCAACCUGCCUCAUGUCUCCACCCCAGUCCGUCUAAAUGUAAGAUUCCCUGCUCCCUGCUGCCUGGAUGGCUGGGUCGGGUACAGAGGGAAAUGCUACUAUUUCUCUGAGGCCGAGGGGACCUGGGACUCCAGUCAGAGCUUCUGUUCUUCACUCAAUGCCUCCCUGGCUGAGAUCGACACCGAGAAAGACCUGAAGUUCAUUAUGCGAUAUAAAGGCGUCUCUGAGUUUUGGAUUGGCCUGAAGCGAGAAUCGGCACAGCUCUGGGGAUGGGUGAAUGGCGAACAGUUCAACAACCUGUUUACGGUAAGAGGAGAAGGUGACUGUGCGUACCUGAGCGACGGCUUUGCCACGUCGUCAUGGUGCUCCACGAAGCGCUACUGGGUCUGCAGCAAACCCGAUGGGAUGCAAAGGGAAGACACGAUGCCGGGGGACUGAAGGGCGAAGGCUGGGAAAACACCUCAAGGCCCAGCUGCCUGACACUCCAAACAAACAUCGCUCAAUAAGAUCCUCAAUAGAGCUUGACAGAUUAUUUUUGUUGUUGUAAAUAAGCCUCU